CAUCAAAGCCCUCUUUAUAAGUUAACUAGAAAAAAAUGUAUUCCAGUUCAGGUUCAGCCAAGUUAGUUUGUAAAUAAAAUAAACUUUUAGAUAGUCAAAAUAAAAACAUAGUGGAUGAAAUAAUUAAAUUAUAUAACAACGAUAACUACUAAAAGUGAAAUUCGUGACUCUUGCAUGGUCUUACCUAGACUUUGUUUAUUACUGACGUACUAGGUUAGCCAGAUGUCUGUUUUUAGGAACUAGUUAUAUAAUGUGUAUGCAGAAUCUUAAUUCUUUUUCUUCAGUUCAAUAAAUUAAUUAAAAUGUCUAUAAUUACAAGAUAUUCAUUUAGAAGAGCUCUUUAUUCACUUAGGUUUACACAACGCAACAGUGAGAUACCAAGAUUUCUCAUUCAUUAUGUUUGGUUCAGGCACAUCCGAUGCUACAGCGAGAUACCAGACCGAGAGAAGCCGGUGAAGUUCACAACGAGUGAAGCGGCAAGCUGGCGUGCAGAGUUUUCACGUCAUGGCAAUAUCUACGAUGACACCCCGGACGCACAACCGUUCAUUGUCUCCAUAAGCACAGGCAUAUUUCUGUACUACUUCCUGGUUUGGCGUGAAGAGAGUGAUAUAGAUGAGAAUUUCAACAUCGGCAGAAACAUCUACGACAGAGUUGAGGACCUGGAGGAAGUUCAGUUGAAAUUAUAUCGACAGGAAAGCCUCAACAAAGGAAAGGAUGUGAGGGAUAUCGAUGUCAGGUUGCAUGAGCUGGAAAGGAUCAGGCUGGAGAAAAAAGGAGAAGUGGGCAGUAUAUAACUGUGUAUCCUACACAAUAGUAUUUGUAGAUUAGGCUAUUUAUUAUAUGUUUUCUCCAAUACUUUAGUGUUUUGUUGUGGAUUAAGUAUUCAGUUAGCAUUUUUUAAAUUUCAUCAAAAGCAUUAAAACUAUUAACAUACGAAAAUAUGUUAACCCUCCAGCUUGCUUUCAUAAACUGCUACACUGUAGGGCAACUUUAAAAAAAAUAAUGUGUGUAAUCAUUUAUUAUGAAAGUCAAUAAUGUAUUGUAAUUUUAUUAAAAAACAUAUACCAUGUCCACAAGAGAAAUAGAAAUUUGAUUUAUUUGUACUAAUCUGUAUGGAUGGUGUUGAGGAGGUAAAAAAUUAAUUUCAUAAUAACUAAUUUUUAUUCUUUCCUACCGAUUAUGAAAAAAACGUUAAAUUAAAAUUCAAAAGAUAUCAUUUUUAUUUGAAAAAAAAUGUUUAAACUUUUUAUUGACAUACACAUAUAAGGAAACUCAAUGUGUUCAAGGCAACAAAGACUACUGGGGCACUGACCAAGCCAUUGUUUCAUCUUGUCACCAAUUUAUGUUUUACUUCAAGAGGGUAGCUACUAACUCCUCAAAAGACUCUUAGGAUUUGUCAUAUUGGGUUCGGCAAUGCCAAUGCCACGUUACAUAUUACUUUUCUUUAGCUAUCUUGGUUUGCAGAACUCUUUUUACAUAUACAAAGACAAUAAUCAAAACAUGCCAAUAAAAGACCAUUAUCCAGACAAUUCCAUUUGGUGAGAGUUUGUUCUUCUUUCUUGUUCUCAUGUUUAGCAGAAACAUUUAAUAGGUGUCAUUAUGCAAGUCUCUGUUAUGGACUCCUUUCUGUAAGCACUAUCUUGGGAGCACCCCUCCACUGACUACAUCUUGUGUCUGUAGCUUUCUUUCUGCAGUGCAUCUGCUUUUAUCUCCCACCUUUACAAGAACACAGUGUGUCUAAUAGAUAUGAACAGUUGUUACUGCUUUCUGAAGGUUCUUGAAUAUAUUUUCAUUAGAUGGUUUUAAUUGGAGGUCAAUCAGAAAUCUAUUCCCUAAAUAAAAUCCAGAUGUCAAGGUCCAUGCCAAUUUACUUUGCACUUGGUUUUAAUGUUGUCCUAAUCCUGAUGGACCUGUAUGACUGUGUCCAAACCUUAUUAUAUAUUUCAUUUUAAACUACAGUAACUAUAUAAAUUAAAUACAAAAUGAUAAUUAGAAAAGAUUUUUACUUGAAAAAAAAAACCAAAGCCAUAACUCCUUUAAUAUAGUAUUGUACUCCUGUACGAUUUUAAAUUAUAUAGAUGUGAAUAUAUUGUAAAUUUAUUGUAGUUUUCUGUAAAAAAAUAACAUUUUUUAAUGAUUUAAAUUAUAUAUAGUGUAUUGUUGAUUUAAUAAAAAGAAAUAAUCUA